UUCAGGAAGUUAUUAGGAUGAUUUAGCUUAGGCUUAGCUUUUUGCAGCACUCAAGACAUCUUUCUGUUUUAUUUGAGAGUUAAACAUCCAAACAUGUCUGUGGAUUGGUUAGGUUAUGGUUAUGCAGCUCUUAUAACAAUAGGAGGGAUUAUUGGUUAUGCUAAAGCAGGUAGUUUAAUGUCUUUGGUCGCUGGGCUGCUGUUCGGCAUUGCAGCAUUUGUUGGAGCUUCUCAGAUGUCAAAGAAUGACAGAAAUAUCUGGGUUUCACUGGGCACCUCUGGAUCUCUGACAUCUGUAAUGGGAGUGAGAUUUCUGAGUUCAUGGAAGAUAAUGCCAGCUGGACUCAUGGCAGGAGCAAGUUUGUUAAUGUUCCUCAGGAUAGGUAUGAAAGUGUUACAGACUUCACAAAAGAAGAAAAGAUGAACCAAAACUGAACACACAACCUGUGGGCACAGUUAUGCUGAAAUAGUUUAAUCAGACAUUUUCAAGAUAUGAGACCAAAAAAGAAAAUACAAGUAUAUUUUGAAAUAAAAUAAUACAUUUUGUUCAUAUUAAAUGUCUUGAAAAUUAAAUUUCCAUUUGCAUUUUUUUUUAAUAAACUUCUCUACAGACUGUG